AUGCAGGCCAAAAGAAUCGAUGAUAUGCAACAGAUAGAGGAAUCGGACUUCUUUGUGGAGAAGAAGUCGGGUAUAGACAGCCGUUCAAAUGAUCCAAGCCCUCCAUCAGCCAUAUGGAUUGUUUUCUACUUUUUGGGAUCGCUAAUCUCUGGGAUGCUGGCAUAUAUGACCUAUUACUCAUUGAUCCUACCAAAGCUAAAGUCCAAUGAAAACAAUCACCUAUCGGUUGUGAGUGAGAGGCUUCUGAUGUGCUUCCUCAUUGGUGCCAUGAUCUGGUUUGCACUCGAGCUUGCAUUGACGUAUCUUUCAAUUACCUUGAAGAAGGUUGAGGAAAAGCAAGGAUUCCUUCAAAGCACACUGAUAAAGAACGGGUGGUUCAUAAGCCUUGUCCUCACGCUGCUAGCCCUUUCCUUUAUCAUAGGAAGCUACAGCCGUGGAAUAGAGAUAAUGAGUGUGGAGAGUGCCGGGGGUGCAGAAGAGGGGACUCCACAGGUAUCAGGCGAAGAUGCGAGUGCAGACACAAGUGACCAAUCCAAGCCGAAGCCAUCAACGAAGCCAGAAACAUUCAUAAUGGACAAGAUAAGUAGGAUUCUUCUUGCAGGCUCUAUAUUUCUUGGGAUAAUCUUGACAAAGACGAUUUUCAUGGACAAAGUGAACUACAAGAUGCUUUUCGAGAACUAUGAAGAUAGAAUCUACAUGAACUACGAAGACAUGAAGAUGCUCGAGCAGCUGAACAGGAUAACUGGGAAAAGAAUGGACCUUGAGCAGGAUGUCGAGCUCUGGGCAAACUCUGUCUUCAAAACCAUUUCUCCAGAGAAAGAUGCUGUUGACAUACAGACCUUGGAAUACUUUUUCGGAACUGACUAUGCACAGAAGAUAUUUGAACGGUUUGACAUAUAUGGGGAUGGCAGGCUGACAGGAAGUAGCUUUGCCCUUGUCUACCGGGAUAUCCUGAAUGAGGAGAAGAGGAUCACCAUGGGGAUGGCACAGAAGGUCACGAUUGUGGAGAAGCUGGACAUCGUGCUUUCUUUCAUACUUAUUCCCUUUGGAGUAGCAGCAGCCACACCCAUAGUCGAGAACGAAAUCAACCUUGUUAACCUCCUUCCCAUCCAGUUUGGUACGCUGUUUUCUCUCCAUGUGAUUUUCGCCUCAACUCUGGGAGACAUGUUCAAGUCCCUGGUGUUUAUAUUUCUUGUGAAACCGUUCGAUGUUGGGGACAAAAUCCUUAUAGAUGGAAAGCUACACAAAGUAUAUGAUAUGGGACUUCUGUACACUUCGUUUGUGGUGGAAAAGAAAGUUACUGUGAUUCCCAACACUAAGAUCAUGGACAAGACCAUAGUCAACCUCAGGAAGGCAAGGACAUCGCAGAAGCAGUUUGAAUUUACCUUCACCAACGCUCCCGAGUUCAAAGAAAAGGCAGAGAGAUUGAAUGCAGCAAUAGAAAAGGAGGUGAAGUCUGAUCCAAAUGUGUACACGGGAAAGUUUAGUGUGUAUGGUUACAACCUGAAGAGGAACUCGUCGAUAGGAAUAAAAAUCGAUGCAGUCUUCUGGAUCCAAAACCAAGACAUAAAAGCCUUAAGAACGAGGGAGGACGCGUUUGUGAUCGCCCUACACGACAUCUUCAAGGACCUUGGAUUAGUUCUUGAGUAA